AUGCCAGUGGAAGAUCCAGAAGAAAAUAAUGUUGACGUCUUAGUAAAAAAUCAUAGAGUUCGCAUGGUUUUUGUACAACGUUGGAAUACAUUGAAGAAGGAAAUACUUGAAUUAUUGACAUUUCAUCCUUCUACAUGGCGAGAUGCUUUUCGACCAAAUCCUAUAUAUCCGUUAUUUACAAAAGGAGACAUAGAUGGCCUAGUCGCCUUAUUUAUUGAUAAUAUGGCAACAUUAUUGACAAUUAUUCUCAGUCUUCUAACUGUUUUUGACAACGAUAUUGUGUAUGGAAGUAUUGCACCGGGAGUGGCAUUGGCCAUGUUAUGGGGUAACUUAUAUUAUGUUUAUAUGGCUCGAAAAUUAGCCUAUAAAGAUAAACGAGGUGACAUAUGUGCAAUGCCAUAUGGAAUUAAUACACCAGGAGCAUUUGCAUUUGUCUUUGGUAUUAUAUUUCCUGUGUAUAAUAAUUGCAUACAAGAAACCAAUGGCUCUAAUAAACGUGAAUGCCAAGAACUUGCUUGGUAUGUAGCAUUAGCAAGUAAUUUUAUAACUGGUGCUAUUAUCCUAUUGUUAUGUUUAUUUGGUGAAUUUAUUCGUCGUAAUAUACCUGGUGUUGCACUACUAUCAUCUUUGUCAGCAGUUGGAUUUACUUAUUUAGCAUUAAAUCAAUACUUGCCCAUAGCUGCUACACCCAUAGUAUCUUUUCUUCCGUUUGCUAUUGUCAUGAUUGGUUAUUUUAGUGGAAUUAAAAUCGGCCCUAUUCCAGUAGCUGUUGUAGCUCUUGUCAUUGGUACGAGUCUAGGUUGGGCAACAGCGCUCAAUAAAGCGCAAGAUGUUAUUGAUGCAACUCUUAUCAUCAAGCCUUAUUCACCUACAGUCACAAUUAAAAAUGUCUUUGAUAAUAUUAAUCGUGUUGGACCAUAUUUAUCAACUACAAUACCAACGGCUAUUUCAAUUGCUAUUGGUACCAUACAAUGUGUUGAAUCAGCAAAAAGAGCUGGUGAUUUCUAUCCAACUCAUGAAGCCAUGUUCGCUGAUGGAAUCGGAACCAUAAUUGCAAGUUUUUUUGGAUCAUUUCUUGGUAUGACCACAUAUAUUGGUCAACCAGCAUAUAAAAAAAUGGGUGCGAGACAAACUUAUUCAAUCGCCAACUGUCUUAUUUAUGUUCUAUUAUGUUUUUUUGGUAUAAUUGCUCUUUUUCUUAGAGUGAUUUCUGUUGUUGCCGUGAAUCCAGUCAUUAUCUUUAUUGGUCUUUUCAUAUGUGCAGAGACUCUCGCCAUUACACCACGACGUCAUUAUCCAGCAUUUCUUGUUGGUAUUAUGCCAGUCAUAGCUGAUUGGUCACGAACGACUAUAAUGAACGGUGUUACAUCUGCCUAUUCCCGGUUACAAAUAGCAAAUCUUGAUUUUCAAACAAACGUUACAUCACUGAUAACAGAUUUUUCUUUUCGUGGUCUCAACAAUUUUGCUGGUGGUAGUCUUCUUCAAUGUAUUUUUAUCUCAGCUAUUAUGAUAUAUAUGAUUGAUCGAAAAUUUAUUCGAGCUACUAUUUGGUCGUUACUUGCUAGUCUACUAUCCUUUUUUGGUUUAAUACACGCAUCAAAAGUUGGAGUUCUGUAUAGAGAAACUGAUGACGGAUGGCGAUUUACUGUUGCUUAUGCUAUGCUAGCCUUUAUUUUUAUUCUAUUCGAACUAGCACAACGACAAGGAUGGGUGCAAGAACCUGAAACUGAACCCGAUGAUUUGUCAUCAGAAGAAUGGGUAGAAUGGAAUAAAAGCAAACUUUCAACUCAAAUAGUUGUAGAUAACUCAAUACUUUAA